AUGCAUCUAUCUCUUUCCAUCGUUGCAGCCCUCGCUGCCACUUCAGCAGCCUUCAGAAUCCCCGAAGGCGCAACCGACGGCACCUACCUAGCCUACUACGACGAGUCAGGCAAUGAGGUCCACGUCAAAGACCCCAAUCCCAUCACCGUGGCCGGCCUCGCCUCGACUGACACUCAGGCGCGAGCCGUGAAGAGGCCUGGCCUCUCUCGGGCCCGCCGCUCCCCGGCCCCAAGCGAGCUCUUUGAGCGCGCGGCCACGGUGUGGUGCGGCUGCGGCAACUACUUGAACAGCAUCGAUUGUGACCGCGUCGUCCAACAAAUCAAGAACGAAAUCAAUGCCGCGGGCGGCCAGUCCGACGUUGGAGCUGGCCUUGCGUGGUACAAGAUCAGCGGCAACGUUGUCGCGUUUCUUUGUGGCCGUCUGUCGACUAUUACGAGCGCUUGUGGUUACUAUGUUGCGGGUACCAUCGAGAAUGGCAACCUUGACAUUGGCUACAUGAACAAUGAUCCCAGUGUUUGGUUUUGCGAGAGAGCCCGAUGGUCUACCAAGCAUGAGUGUUAG